UACAAAACACAAAACUGUGGGUAUGGAAACAAGCCUCAAUUGUUGAUGCAAGUUUGGAAGACCAUCAUAUGAACUUCCUGUUGCACGAGUGUGUCAUUCUGGGGUUAGCAGAGAGGAAAAUGGCUGGUUGGGGUUUAUUAUUACACUGUUUUUUUUUUAUGCAAAAGGGUACAUGUGCACACACAAAAAGUCUAUCAAUGUUCUGUAAUCCAAAGUGUAUUUUGAAUGUACGUUUCUUAAACACAGCUUGAGUUUAUUAAAGUUUUAAAGGCACUGGAUUUCUUAGCACAGUUCAUUAUCACUUUGAAAUAAACCCCAGAAGUAGCUUUCCCACAUAUCUCCAAAAACUUGGUACAGGAAGAGGAAACAAUGUGGUAAGGAGAUAAAGUAAAAACUGAAAAGUACACUGCUUGUGUGUAACGUUUCAUAACAGGAUCAGUACAGAUUUUGAAUUUAAGGUCUGUGCUGCGUUCCUGUGCCAGUUGACACGCCAUUGGAGGAAGUGAGUGCUGACACACUGCGUGCGCUCUACACACCGUGGAAAUCGAAACAAAGCUGAAAAACAAAAUGAAGGUACAAGGAACCAGUUCUACUGAGAACCUGCUUGUACUGGAGAAAAUUGCAGCAAAUGACAUCACUUCAAGGGCAAACUACUGCUAUGCCCUCUUCUGGUCCCUGGGCACAGCCACAGGGCUCUUCCUCUACUACAGCUUUAUGAAGCGCUGCCGGCAGACCAAGGGCAACUGGACGUGGCGUGACACAGUCCUCUGCAACUACUGCAUCUCCGAAUUCUACAUCCUGCUCUUCUCCAUGUCCUCCCUGGUACACAGGCCCGACUACAUGCACGUCACGAACAUCAACUGCGCUGUGCUCUCCUUUGUCUUCAACUUGGCCUGCAUCUGCGGAGAGUUCCUGCAGGUGCUCAUGGCCCUCAUCUUCGCAUGUCACAAAGACCAUUUCCCCCUCCAACGUUUCACGAGGGUCCAAGACCGGCCAAUCGCAGCUGUGGGCGUGACAUCCCUUCUCUCCCUGCUGCUCUGCGUGGUGUUGGCGGUACUGCGCGAACAGCAGCCGCUCCAUGACUACACAGACUGCCAGCUGGACCCCUUCGAUGCCCCGUACACCUAUGACGUGGUCAAGAUGACCAUAGGAUUCAUCUUUCCCAUUUUCCUCAAGCUAGUUCUCCUAGUCGUCUGGAUUCUGAAUGACCCCAGCUUCCUGUCAAGCCUUAAAGAUAACCCCGUUUACCCUGCAGUUACCACGGUGACCUUUGCCUGCCGCCUAUUCUACAAUAUCGUGCUGAUGGACAGAGCGGCCAUGAAGCCUGGAAAGCCCUCACUGUGGAAAGAGGCGCUAAUGACCGUGGCGGAGUUUGUGCUCUUCUCGGGCAGCAGCAUCUGCCUUGUCCUCGUUUUGUGUCUCCACGGGCCCUGCCGGGCAACCCUAAAAGAAACCGCGGGUCACCUGCAAAAAUGUUGCAGUGGGAUAGGUGGCCGGGAUGCCAACCGCCGCGUCAUGGCCACCCAUAUAGAGUUUCAGCAGACCGCAGUGACAGACAACUGAACGCUUCCCUCCGUUUAGCUUCCUCAACCACAGCAACAGCUCUUGGUGUUAAAACUCGCAAAGAUUUGCUUUCAUUAAAUACUCAAGACCUUUGACAUUGACCUCAUAUUUUAGCGGAUCUAGCAAUAAACAAAUGCUAACGUUUUGCCGACUUUUUUUAACGUUUAAAUAAACCGUUUGGUAGGUCUCAAACACCCUGAUGCAAAUAUGACAAAGUUCCCAUCCAUGCUUUACUGAAAACAAGUAAAAAGCAUGACUAUCACAGUGUAUCUGAAGAGAAACAUCUGUAAGAGAUGUUAAAAUUAUUACAGCUACGCAGAAAAAGGAGGAAUAUAGAGGUAGUUGAUAUAAAAAUAAGAUUCUUAAUGCAACUUUUGACAGAAUGUGAAUGACUGAAGGUGACUUUUCACACAAGGGACCCUAGAAAAAUCCAUAUAUUUUUCCACCAACAGUUAUUUCACUCUCAGACACCUUAUCAGUCCGGGUGCUUCAGCAUCCUCACACCGUUUAGGAUUAACAUGGAAAUCGAAGGAUAGAGCAAGGGGGAUCCACUGCUACAGCGGUGCCCAGUGGGAACACACCAGCUGAAGGGUUACCGUAGGAAAAAAACCCUGUUAAACAGGACUAUGACACUGUGCAGCUACAUUUCAUUCACUGCAUUUAAGGCUUCUGACAAAAUUCAGGAAUGUUUAACACUUUAAGUGUAUAUUGUGUAUUCAGAAUUGUUCUGUACAAUUUGCUCCUUCAGAGAACUAAAGGUUUUGUACUUUUGUGCUUUGAAGAACAGGAAUAAAAAAAGCAAUAUGUGCAAACCUUGGUUC